CAUGUAUACAUUCGUUUAGAUAUGUAAACGAAACAGUCUAACAGUCAUCUGUUUAUUCAAAAUUAUGAAAUGAAAUGAGGAAUGGCGUGACAUAUGUGUGUCGACAACUCGUUUACCGAUUAACGCUGCAGUGCAAAAAACGAGAGAUGAGCUGGCAGUCAAUACUUCAAAGUGCUAGCAACACUUUCAAUACGUUAGGCAGGUAAGUUGUAAAACCUAGAGUCCAGUGGAGAGCUAAAAAUUACUAAUUUAGUUACUCAUUUAAAAGGUUACUUGGUCCCUAUUUAAAAAUUAUAUGGUGCUUAGAGAUUGUUAAAAUGAAGGAAAAACAUAAAAGCCUCACAACGGAAUCACACUCUCCCUCCUCAAUUCAAAAUUGUUAUGGCAAAGCUAAGAAUUACUCAGAUUAAUAAAUGCUCCCACUUUCCACAUUCACUGACUGACGCUACUGACAUUGAUAGAGCGUUCAUACCUCCUCUUGGUUUGAACUCCAGUUUUAAAAACUUUUCAUGUCUUUUAACGUACUCUGGUCUUAAACAUACAUUUUAAAAAUUAUAAAAACUGGAUGCAUAGUUAUAAUUAUAAUAAAGCAAAAUUUAAAUUAAAAUGAAACCUACAUCAAUUUUAUAUUCAUGGACCUAAGCACUUUUUAAAUUAUAAUUUUUGUAAAAUGCGAGUUCCUUAUUCAUUUAUUACUAACCCUAAUUUUCCAUUCAUCUUGGUCCUGAGCUUUUUCUUUCCAGUUGCUUCCAAGUGUAUCCCAUAAUUUGUGUGUCUGUCUGCCUCUAGUCAUCUAGUCUCUAGCUCGCGUCUCCAUGUAUUAUUUGGCCUUCCUCUCUUCCAGACCUGCCAACCCUUCCGAUUUUGUUGGAAUUAUAUGGAUUUUUUACCCCUCAUUCCGACCUUCCGACAAACCCCUUAACUUCCGAUUUUUCGAACUUUAUAAUUUUUCACCCGUCAUAAAAAUCCGAAAGCUACCAAAAAAAAAUCGGGUAUGACAGGAAGUGUUAAAUUUGUUUUUACGAAGUGUCUACAUGUCCGGCGACCGAUGAAUAAGUAAAUAAAUUCUCGAGAUAUUCGUCCGGCCAGUGUUUAUUCGACCAAGUCACAUGACCACCGUAACAGUUGCCCAAGAUAAUUGUCCGUCAGCCUUGUCGUGUGACCGCUAAUUGUCUAUCAGAGUUUACGUACUUCAUUUCAACAAAUUCAAGAUAGUCUGGGCAUUUACACGAAAAAGAAAUAUGUUCAAUUAUAAAAAAGAAAUGAUACAACCAUUGCUGGUAUAAAUAAUGAACAAUUGGAUAAAAAGUGACAAUGUUUUUUUAUAAAGUGUGGCACGCCCACCGGAUGACUAUCUCCAGCACUAUUUGUCCAGUCGCCUGACGUGUAGACACUGACUUGUUUUUACCGCAAUCUCCAAAUCAUUGUUCAAUCAAUUGAUCCGAUCACGAUUCAUCCUUUUUACAAGGCUAAAAAAUAAUUCAGGUUUUUUUUUGGUUAAGAUUUUCUUAAUUAAAUGGUUAAAUCUAUUGAAAGUCAUGGAUCAAUGAUAUUAAUAAAAAUUGAAGGCUUGAAGUGAAGGAAAUAUUUCUCUAGCCCUAGCCAACUCCGAUCGUUUUAAUUUUAAUGCCAGAGUCAAAGAAAUUUUUCCAGACUUACAGAAUGCUAGAAAAUUGUCAUUGUAAAGAAAAAUUACAAUGAAACAAGGGCAAGCAUGAAAGUUUAUACUUUUUCUAACUUGCUUGUAACUAAAAUCAACUGCAAUGCUAACCUUCAGUUAUCCAAAGUGGAAAGAGCUGUUGGACAAGUGCAAAAAGGACACUAUCACUAGGGAUACGCUGGAAUACUGAACUCUUACUAAGAGUCUUAGCAGCCUGUGUGUGUACAUAUGUAAAUAAAAUGGAUGUUCUGUACUGUAUAUAUCUGUAUAUAAACAUUACUGAUGUUCUGUGGUGUUCUAUGGACCCUUCAAAGUCAUUGGAGGUAACUUUAUAUUUCUUUAUUUACUAAAAAAGGCGUGUGCAUUAGUAUAUAGAUCUUAAACCACCCCACCACGGUGCACCUCCCUGGGGGGGGCAGCGGCCCCACUUCCUCCCUGCAUGCAACCCCCCUACAGAUUUUUUUUCUUUGCAGGUUGGCAGGUCUGCUCUUCCCUUUUCUCUGUGGAUUCCAUGUUAGGUAUUGUCUGGUGAUGUUAUCUGGGGGAUUUAUUAAGAGUGUGCAGUUGUGCUAUUACUUAAAGACUUUGAAAUAUUAAAAGUACUUCUUAAACUUAAUGCUUGUUAAUUGAUGUUUGAGACUUAAAAUUUUUUAAAAUGUGUGUUUUGUUUGGAAAUGAACAUUUGAAAUACUGGUAUUAUUUCUGGAUAACUGUGUAUGUUAAUUAAAUAAUUCAAUUUAGAACCCACUACAAAACCUUAGCACAGUGUAUCUGUUUUCAAAAGGCCUUAAUGAUGCAACCUAUGCAAACACCAAAAACCAAAAAGCAUGUAAUUAUUUUGAUAAUUAUUUCUAAAACAUAGUUUGAAUAAUUUUAACAAAAAAUAGUGCUGCAUGCAAAAAUAUGUGGAGAUGUAAGUCAAGAUGCUCUCUAAACAAUAAGCGUGUAAUAUGAGUGUAAUAUAUAAGAAAAAUACCUCAGAAAUUGACCCAAAAAGUACAUCCUAUGCAAAUUAAAAUCUGGAAUCUUCCUUCGGCAACGCACAUUCCUGAUACAAAUUUAAUAUUCUCCUUUACUUUAUUGAAGACCGACACACUUCAAUCCAAAUUUAAUUAGCCUGCUUUUAAUGCUUUUGAUUUUAAAAAAACCCAACAAAACAACAGAGUAUUGUUUAGAUCCCUAGAAUGUUUUUUUUUACAUAUCCCAGUGCACAGUGUGUCCUCUUAGGGCACCAUUACUUGAUAUUACAAUAGAAAAUAAUAUCCUCAUGAAAGAACUACUGCUUGCCUAGUAACUUGUUACAAGUAGAGACUUCAAAAAAUAUAUUAGAAGCUGUGUAAUUAAUGAAAUGCAUUUAUAUCCAUUUCAAUAUUAGUUUGUUGUGUCUUAGGCAUAAAGAUACAGGAUGCAGUAAAAUUGAGUAAUUGGAGACUUUAAAAUAUUAGCUUUAGCUCCUGAAAGUUUAUGCUCAAAAUUAGUAAAAGGAAUGGUGUAUAUUAAUCACAAAUUAUUUUAUAAAUUACAAAUAUGAGAUUAAAAAAUAGAUUUGCCAAAUUUUCAUAAAUUUUAUAGGAGAGGAUAUUGUUCUAACUAUCCAUUUGCUGUUAAAAAACUAAAACAUCAAUCCCGCCAAAAAUUUUUUAUGUGAGUAGACAUUUUGAAUUAAUUUUUGUUUCUAAGUUUUAUGUUGUUUUAACUCAACUUUCAACAUUUUGUUUUGUAUAACAACACAUCAAGCAUUAUAAAUUUUCUUUAAUUCAUUAGAUUUUGUGAAAUGAGUGGGAAAAAAAAAAAGAAAAAAAAGCAAAUUCUCUUUUGUUGUAGUUUAUGUUUUAAUAUUAUUGUAUUAAACUUUCUCGUAGUUUAAAUUACAAUUUUGCAUGUGGGAAUUUAAAAAAAAAAAAAAAAUAAAACAAUGUUUCAAUUUCACUAAGCUUUAUUUAUUUGUGGAAAUUUUUAGAGGGAAAAAAUGCAAAAUAAAUUAUUUGUUAUUUAACACCAAUUCAUUGAACUAUUCCUAAAUUUUAAACAAAUGUUAAAAAAGAAAGUCAAGCAUUUUUAUGUUCAUUUUAACCUAGGUUUCAACAGUGUGAGUCUUUAAGCUUAUUUUAAAAUACGUUGAGAGUACAAAAGGGGUAUGGCCUGUGAAUAUAUUCAAGAUAGUGACUAUAGGUAAUUCAUUCCCAUGUUUCAUUAUGUCAUUAGCUCUUUUUCAGUGGCUUUGUUCUUUUUGUUGAAAAAUGCUAUUUGUAUUUCUAUAUUUACCUUUAAAGUUCAAUAAGCCGUAAUUUCUAGUUAAUAAUUUUAUUUCUGCUAUUUUAAGGUGUAUUAAAUGUCUGUAAAUAGAUAAAGGGCCCAGCUCAAUAAGAUGAAUCUCAGAAGAAUCUGGAUUAAAACUAAUAAUUGUCAAGGACACAAACUCCUGUAUUCUGAGGCAGUUCCAUGAAUCAGUUUUCUCUAGGGGAUAUUUCUGCCACUUGCUAUCCACACACGGCUUAUUAAUUACGAAAAACUGACCAACUGUCCAAUUUCCUUCUAUAUUCACAAAGUACAGAAAUUGACGUCAUAGUCUACAAAGUCCAAAGAACAGUUAACAACUUGAUGAGUGUUCAAAUCUAUGACAACUAACUCUUUGACAAAUAACUUUGAACUAACGCUCCUGCCGCUCUCAGAAUAAAAAAACACACACAGCCAAAUAUCCUCAUGCUCCCAACAUAUAAACAUUCUGACAUGUUUAUUGCCAUUCAAACUUCAAGCAACCACAGUUAUCCAUGAGAAAUACUAUUUACUCACAGGUACCCAUCAGAAAUACUAUUUACUCACAGGUACCCAUGAGAAAUACUAUUUACUAUCAGGUACCGAUCAGAAAUACUAUUUACUCACAGGUACCCAUCAGAAAUACUAUUUACUCACAGGUACCCAUCAGAAAUACUAUUUACUCACAGGUACCCAUCAGAAAUACUAUUUACUCACAGGUACCCAUCAGAAAUACUAUUUACUCACAGGUACCCAUCAGAAAUACUGUUUACUCAUCGGUACCCAUCAGAAAUACUAUUCACCCACAGUUAUCCAUCAGAACUACUAUCGACUCACAGCUAUCCAUAUGACCUACAACUCAUGACCAAAAAAUAUUCUAAAUACAGACUAAAAUACUCCAAAAAAAAUCAUAAUAACAUUCUCAGAACAAUUCUUAAUGGUCAACUUUUAAUAUGCGUUAACAUAGGUGUAUGUAUUUUUAACAGUUCAUACCUUAAUUUUACUUGUGUCAAUGAUCAUUGUAAGGGAAUUUCUGUUAGUGAUGCACAUCCUCGAUGUUUGAAAUAGAAAACUUAAUAACAUUUCAAGAAAAAAAUGGAUCUAAAAAUAAACUUAAGUUCUUUAUUAAACAUAAACCAUUAACUUCUGUAAAAGUGUCUUUCUUAGAUUAGUCACUCUCAAAGUAAAAUUUUUUAACACUAAAUAUAAAAAGAUUUUUUUUUUUAAUGUUGUUUCUUUUUGUUGUUGUUGAGAAGAAGAGACAGCUUAGUUAAUUGUGCCUGGCUCAAACACUUAAAACUGCUGCAGCAUAUUAAUAGUUCUGUUUGUUCUUCUUUCACAGGUCAAGGAAAAUUCUCAUUGGUCUUCUCAUCUUACUUGUGUUGUUCUACUACCUGACUCCAUACAUCUUUCAUCUUCAGAAGUCUUCAGCUACAGAUAUAGGUAAUUUCCUUAGUUAUGCUGCUCCACUACCUGACGCCAAAAAACUUUCAUCGCAAUAAGGCAUCAACUUACAGAAAUAUAUACCUUUAGUUGAUCAUAUUUUAUUGGUAAAAUUUGUACCGGUAUUAUCAGAACUAUAAAUUUCUCCAGGGAUGAAUCUAGAAAAAAAAUAUCUGGCCAGAUCAGUAUGGUUGAGUAUUAAAAGUGCAUUCUAGAGAUAUUAGGCCGGAUUCCCGUCAUCUUAGAAAUUAUCCCAGUGAUAUCAAUGAGGUAUGCCACCAAAGAGAAUUAGAUUUUUUCAUUUAACCUACAACUUUUGUAACUCUCCACAGAUCCUCACGGAGAGUGCCUUUCUCAAAGUAUUGUUAAGUUCCAAUCAAAAAUAGAUAAUUUGGAUGCCUUCACGUCGGGAGAUUUUGAACACGCCACAUCCAACCAAAAACUGGCAUACGUAGGUAUGUGGAGGACACAGGAGUUUUGUUUAUGAAGGGGGUAGUUAGUGUCGCGGAUAUCAGUAGGAAGGUGUAACCACUGAUGGGAGACUACUGAUAUAGUUAAUAUUCUGUAUAAAAAAAGAGUAUUGGGACUUAUAUGACGGGGCAGUCAAAGUGUUUGAUGGGGUCAUGUGGGAACAGCAGUUUUGUUUUAAGGGUAGCCAUUUUAAAACUGUAAUCAAGAUUUUGAACGUACGAUUUUUGAAUUGAAUAUUUUGAAUGUUGUGAAUAUAUUAUAGGAAUUGCGAUUCGAGCGACAUGAUUCCAAGAGCGUAUCAUAUUUCUUUGCAAUCAUAUAUGUCUUCUUUUGGAUAUUAUUAUGAACGUUUAAAUAAAAAUAGUCGCUGAUUGAACCCUUAAACCUCCCCACUAUUAUUUAUAACAGUGACAGCUUAGUUAAAAAUGAUGUAUACUGAAAUGACCAUUUUAAAAUUGAUGAGUACAAUGAUGGCUGGGAUAAAUUGAUGUGUACAGUAAUGGCUGCAUUACAUGGAUGUUAACACAAAUGGCCAGGUUAAAUUGUUUUGUACAAAAAAUGGCCAGGUUAAACUGGUGUGUACAAAAAUGGUCUGGUUAAAUUGUUAGAUACAAAAAUAGCAAGGUUAAAUUAAUGUGUACAUUAAUGCCUAGAGUUAUAUAUAAAUGGGGGAUUGAGCUCAAGCCGAAUGAAGUCAAUAAAUAGUUCAACUUUUUAUUGGCUAGGUUAAAUUGAUCUGGCAAAACCAUAGGUCUAUGGACCUUCAGUGUGGCUCUGCAAGAGCUCAGAGCAUCUGCAGAUGCCAUAAAGAUAAUAUAGCUCUAUCUCUAAACAGUAUUUACCUGCACCAGCGGGAGGCUGACUGGCUUUAGCCUUGUUAUGUUUAAGGAAAUAUAUUGGCUCAGCUUUGACUUCAUUUUGUUGCUGAUGAAAAGAAUAAAAGAAAAUAUUAAUUGAACAAGUUAUGAUAUUUACUGUGGUAAUACAUUGCAACAAUUUUAUUUCAGGUAAUGGAAAUGUGGCUGCUGCAAUGGGUUCUGACAAUGGGCUCUUUAUUCGGUUGUAUAGGGCUCUUUCACAACCCGUGAAAUUCUGGCCUAUAGUGCAAACUCACCUGGAUGGUUCUUUUAAAGGUAACCCCUGGCUCUUCUGGAAAUAUUCAUAACCAAUGAGAGGGUCAUCGCAAAAGAAAUGAGAGGGUUAUUUAAAAAAUAAAACUUUGGACUCAUUCAAGCAGCUAUCACAUAACCUGGUGUGACAAAAGCUAUUUUUGCGCAGAGACACGCUGUCGUGUGACUUGGAUGGUUGAGAUAUUUCACUCAGACUUACCUCCUCCUCGCCGUCUUUGAUCUUUGAUUAUUGAGUAACAAAUUAGGCCGUGUAAAUGUUCAAUAAACCUCUCAAUCUUUUCAGAAACAACAGUCCUUGAUGUCCUGUCAGGUACUGCUCACAGGCUGCAAGUGCAGGCAACUGUAAGUACUGGACUUGUGUGUAAAAUCUUACAGAGCAGUGUUGUUUCAUGCCGUUUGUUGGGAAAUUCUUUUCAAAAAGAAAUUGCAAAUUCUUGGUGAUGGACUCCCCUCCUCCCCCCAUCCCUUCCAUACAAAAGAAUUGUUGAAGCCAUGAAAUCAUACACUUUAAUCACAUGUUUUACAAGAGCUGAUAUCUAUAAAAUUGUAUUUUCUUUGUUAUAGGUUUUUUUUUUUUUUUUUUGGGUUUUUUUUUUGGGGGGUGUUUUUUUUUUUUAUUUUUUGUUUUUUUUUGGGGGGGGGGGGGGCUACACCACACCACCAUUUGCUAGUCUUCAUAUUUAUCAACUAAACUGUAAUCACUAAUCACCACUCAUCUGAUAUUUGUACACCUAGAGCUGGCCUAUGUCAAUGUUGUCCCUCUAAUGAUUAUUCAUUGCGCGUCCCCAGUCAUCUGGCUGCAUAUCUGUGUCAUCACAGAUUUACGCCCAUAGGUCCAGACCUGCGUUGUUGGUCCAAGACUUGCAGAUUAACAACCCCUCAGUAAGUAAUAUCAAUAAAAAAAUAAAUAAAUAAAUGUUUCUAUUGUUGUUGACACCAGGAGUGUCUAACAAGGUUCAUUAACAGACUUGCAUGUAUAGAAAUAUAUAGAUACCGUAAUAUCUUGCUACCUCACAUUUCACAUCCUCACACCUUCUCUAGUUUUCUCCUAGGAUAUGUUCUGCGGAUUUUUCAAAAUUUUGCAGGAUUUUUGCAGUAUCCAUUAUACAAAUUAAUAGAUAUAAAUUAUUUUAAUUAUUUUUUGUUAAAAUUAUAAUUUUCUAGCCCACAAAUUGAAAAAAUAUUACUUUCAUUAAAACUUGAAUAGUAUAGGAAGUGAUUGUAAGGUUUAUAAAAGUGUGAGAAAAGGUUUUAUACGAGUGUCAGAAAGAUCAAUCAAAUUGUUGGGAAGGUGUAUGAAAGUGCGUGAAAGGUUUCUUAAGCUUUAAAAAACAUAAAAAUCCUAUUUCUAAAGAAAAUUUGGCAUGGGGUGGGGGUCUCAGAACGUAACCCCCACAAUUUUUGAGGCAUUACUGUAUUGAUAUAUUUCAUUUCUAUCACAGAUAUCCAUUUUCUUAACGAAAUUUCUCUAUUCUCACGAAUUUUAUUUUAAUCAUAAGAAUCCAAAUAUAAAUUUGAAUACACCCUUCUUAUUGCUUGGCCAUUUGUUGGCCAGGUUGGGAGGAGGGCCAAUUAAACAUUGUUAAUAGAACAUCCCUCCUGGGAAGUUCAGAAAACCAAGAGUGCCUGAACCUGGUCAGACAUGGGUGAGUCAAGAACUUUCGUUUUUUUUUCUCGGGGCCUGUCGUGCUUUGGUGUUGUGUGAAAGUCACAAGGGUGUGUCCAUGGGCCAUAAUUAGGUUGACAGCCUUUGAUCGCGGUACGAGUCGUAUUUAAAUGUUUAGCGUCAAGGUUGCAUGCUGUAGAAAUGAGUGAGAAUGUCGUCUUAAGCAUUUCCUGUUUGUUUACUUUCAGCACCAAACCAUUGCCGUGGAGCUUGACCAAGUUGGAGCGUCUGGCUGGGAAGGGGUUAAAGUUGAGUCUGCCACGUGAGUUGCUGUUGACUUUUUUUAUUGGAUUUGUAUAUUUUUAUGAAUCUAUCCAGUUAAUUAGGAUCGGUUGUUAAUAUACACACACUUGGUGUGAAACACUUGUGAGGGCUCAAAUAGCCCUGUGUAAAAAUAGUUAAAACAUUCCACCAGUAGAAUUUAACUUGUUUUCUUUUCUUUCUCCCGUCAGUUUUUCCAGCAGCAGCGGUGAAGCUGUGGUGUAUAAAAUCUACUCCGGCCUGGUGCCUGUCACCAAAUCGGAAAUGGUGAUCCCCGUAGCCAUAGCAACUGUGACUCUAGAAUCUAGUAUGGUGAAAGUUGGACCCUCCAGGUAAAUGCUACGACAGGGUAGAAUCAGAUAGAAAAAAAAAAAAACUAUUUAUUUCAAACUCUGAUUGCACUUAAUGUUGUUGUUGUUAUUUUAGUCAUAGGCACCGAUGCUAAAGUUGAUGAUGUAAAUAAAGACUUCAUUUUAAAGAUGAGUUUAAAGGCGCUAAAAAGUGGAAGAUAAUUUGAAAUUUAUUAAAAUGUAUAAGGCAAAGAUAGACUGUGCAAAAUAUAUUUUCCAAAAUUAAUGCAAAAAAUAAAUAAGCCAGUUAAGUUUUGUCUACCUCCAAGUCAAAUCCUUUGGAUUCAUAGAGUGUUAAUCUACACUUGAUUUUAAUUAUUUUCUACUAUUUAGCGCGUUUAAACUCAUCUAUAAAAGAAAAUCUUUUUUAAAAAAUGAUUCAAACAAUAUUUUUUUGUGGCCUUUUAGAAUUUAUCUUAACUCAAAGAGAUUUCCAAGGCUCGUGUUGUGUAAAUUUAAAAAAAAAUUCAAACGGCUGUAAAUUAUCAGAACUACUCAUGAACAUUUCAAAACAAAAUAUUAAAUCAGCUUUUAUAAUAAUGAAUACUCCUGACCCGACUGAUUUAAAAAAAAGGAAAUUAUCUUCCUUGGUCUUGUUCCUCGCUAGAUUUUCUUUGAAAUGGUGAGAUCUCUGCUUUCUGUAUAGCAAGUUUAAACAGCAAGUCGAGUGGCUGGGUCUGGCUGGUUUAACCAGUACCUGCCGGAUUUGGUCGUUACAUGGUGGCUAAUUGAAGUUCUUUCUUAGAAAUGUUAAGUUUCUGUAUAUUUGUUUUAAAAAAUCCUUAUUUUAAAUGAAUUCUUGCCGACAGUACGAGCAAAUUCCACAUUUUAACAGCUGUCCACUACUCAAGACCGUAUCUCAAGGAAGAGGCUGCCAAGUAUUUACCUGAUAGUGUACACCAAGCCAAGGGGGUGAGAUAAUGAUUGAACAUUUUGUCUGUGUGAUAAACUUUAAACUUUUUUUUUUUUUUUGGUUUCUUGUAGUAUUUUCAUUUUAUGCCACAAUUUUAUAUUGACCCAUGACCUUUUCUUAUUGACUCCAUCAGGAAAUGGAACUAGGCCUCAACAUAAAUGAAAAGUUUUUAAAACAAGAGCACGCACGAGUGUGGGGAAAGGUAAUGUAUUAGGACGAUAUCACCUUUUAUGUCAUUCGUGAAAUAAUUAUUACCGUAUAGUCAUUCAUUAAAUAAUUAUUACCUUAUACUAUAUUCAUUCAUUAAAUAAAUAUUACUUUACUAUAGUCUUUCAUCAAAUAAUUAUUACCUUAUAGUCAUUUAGAAAAAAAAAGAAAAGAUAAAUAUAAACUUUAAUGCAAUUAAUAAAAUAAAGACAAUUUUAAAAGAUGUUCUUAUAUAGAUACAGUGAUACUCUCCGUAUGUUCUGAGUUUUUGUUUGUGUCCAGCUUUGGUUCAGUGGGUUCUCAAUCAGCAACUCCAAGGCGACCGGUGCGCUGAACGGUGACCGCAUCAACAAGACCAUUUACUAUGUGCUCAGCAAUGCCCCGGCCCCGCUCCACAAUGUGAGGUCCACUCCCGAGGAUAAACUGGCCAUCGAGAAGAUCCUGUACUACCCUGACAGGUGCUACGAAGGCCACUCUUCAUUGUAAGAUUUCAUUUCUUGACUGCGUAACAGAACAAAAUAUGUGCUGUUCUGUAAAUGAUUUUUUUUUUUUUUAAUUUAAAAAUUUUAGAUAACGUUUUCAAAAUUUAUUUUAAAAGUUUAUUUUGAAGUCCUGAAAGAGCAAAGAGGCCAUGCGGACUGAUGAGAAACAGGUAGCCACUGACACCGAUAUAACUGCGUGGCAAAUAGGAUGGAUAAAAACUAGUGACCACUGAAAGAGUUCGGUGUUUAGGAAAUCCUAAAAAUCAAUUUCAAAAGGACUGACUCGGACUACAAAGUUUACAUGAAUUUAAUGUUGAGUUCGGAAAUUAAUUUUUUAAAAGACUUUGAAAAGAUUAGAAAAAGAUUAAAGUUUAUGCAUGGUUUGUAGUGAUAUUGUGGAUAUUUUUCCCCUCAGGGUGUCUGGAACAUUGUGGAUUGACCCCGAGGAUGAAUCUCAAAUUGCCAGGGUGGUAACCACAUGGAUGAUAACACUGGAGAAACAAGGCUGUAGCGUUAUAGCACAGUCAGGUCAGUAACAGCGCAUUUAGAAUGGUAUGUAUACAUUUAGCUAAAAGCAGACACAUUUAGGUCAAAGCAGACACAAUUUGUUACGAACAAAUCCAUUCAAAUCCAUGGGUCAUUUAAACAGUAAUUAUCCAAUGGUACUUUUGUCAGUUAUUAUCCAAGUGUAAUUUCAACAGUAAUUAUCCAUGGGUAAUUUCAAGAGUAUUUAAAAUAACAAAGAAUGAUAGUUACUUUGAAGGAUCCUUUGAAAUGAAGUCAUUUCUUUUGUACAUAUCUAUAAUUCAGAAAAAGCUCUAUGUAAUGGUAAUGGGUUGCACCUAGUUUCUGAGCUUCCUCAUUCAUUUAACUAUAAAGAAAUGCCAUCUUGAUCCAGUUAUUUUUUUUAAACACCUGUCCCAUAAAUAUUUAUAUUUUGUAAAAAUUUGUUAGGAGUUUUUUUUAAAAAUUACUUUUUAACCUUUUCUGUGUUAAGGUUCCGAGGGAAUUAUGCAGGCCAUGAUUCUGAGUCUCGGCCCGCUUCACUUUCACAAAGAUCAUCUCGAGAUGACCUCUCAUCCCAGCGACCUGCACCGCGACCUUCACUUCCGGCGCAUCAACUACGGGAACAACACCCAUGUCAAUAUCUCCGUGGUGGUGGGUGAGGACAACAAGGCCACCCUGUUUGUGGCCCUGGACAGGAAUGACAAGCCGUACUAUGGCUGUGAUGCCGGUUGUUUGGACCCCCCUGUUCCUCUUAGGUAAAACCUCAUGUGUCAGUGUCUUAUGUCCUCUAAGGUAAAACCUCAUGUGUCAGUGUCUUAUGUCCUCUAAGGUAAAAACCUCAUGUGUCAGUGUCUUAUGUCCUCUAAGGUAAAACCUCAUGUGUCAGUGUCUUAUGUCCUCUAAGGUAAAACCUCAUGUGUCAGUGUCUUAUGUCCUCUCUGGUAAAAUCUCAUGUGUCAGUGUCUUAUGUCUCCUCUUUUGUAAAAUCCUAAAUGCCAGUGUAUUAUGUCCUCUCUGGUAAAAUCUCAUGUGUCAGUGUCUUAUGUCUCCUCUUUUGUAAAAUCCUAAAUGCCAGUGUAUUAUGUCCUCUAAGGUAAAGCUCACAAGCCAGUGUCCUUUGUCCCCUCAUGUAAAACCUCAGAUCAUGAUUUCCUAGGUCCUAUCAGGUAAAAUCACAUGUGCCUAUAUCCAAUGUCCUUUCAGGUAAAUCAAAUGUGUCAAAAUCUUAAAUGUCAUAUGUCCUCUCAAUUAACAUCUUAUGUGACAGUGUCUACGUGCUCUCAGGUAAAAUCUACAUUGCCAGUGUCCCUUUGUUCUCUCAGGUAAAAUCUACAUUGCCAGUGUCCCUUUGUUCUCUCAGGAAAGAUCUACAUUGCCAGUGUCCCUUUGUUCUCUCAGGAAAGAUCUACAUUGCCAGUGUCCCUUUGUUCUCUCAGGAAAGAUCUAAAUUGCCUGUGUCCCUUUGUUCUCUCAGGAAAGAUCUCUAAUGCAAGUAUCCUGAUUCCUCUAAGUUGAAAUCUCCCAUGUCAGUGUCCUAUGUCCACUCAGUUAAAAUCUCCCAUGCCAGUGUCCUAUGUCCACUCAGUUAAAAUCUCCCAUGCCAGUGUCCUAUGUCCACUCAGUUAAAAUCUCCCAUGUCAGUGUCCUAUGUCCACUCAGUUGAAAUCUCCCAUGCCAGAGUCCUAUGUCCACUCAGUUGAAAUCUCCCAUGCCAGUGUCCUAUGUCCACUCAGUUGAAAUCUCCCAUGCCAGUGUCCUAUGUCCACUCAGUUGAAAUCUCUUGCAUUCCUGUGUCCUUGAACCUUUCAGGUAAAACAACACGCCAUUGUCCUUAUUCUUCUCUGGUUAAACAUUAACUUGCCAGUCUACCGUACCUCUUAAGUAACAUUUUAAAUGCCAGCACCCUUUGUCUUCUUGGCCUCAAGGACCUUUAAGGCAAUGAAAAUCCGUUCAAAAUCCCUUCAGUUUGCAAAUGAAAUCAUGAAAGGAUGAAGCUGACUUGCACAAAUGUGCAUUUCUUCUGGCACAUCGGAAAUAUCUAAGUCAAGUGUGGCUAUUUUCUUUCAUGUCCAACUUACAAAAACCUGGCCAAGUCUGAGGUACACAGCAUUACUUUUCAUUCCAUAAUUGAUAAAGGAGGUUUUUUUAAAAAAAAUUCUUCUGUAAAAACUUUUGAUAUUAUUUGCCAUGCUUGGUGUAUCCAUGAAAAGGUGACCAAAUUUAUUGGAAUGGGGUUUUGAAAUACAUUUUUUUAAUUUCAAAAAUCGAUUUAAAAAAAAUAAAAAAAAUAAAAAAUUAUGAACUAAUGGCUGUAAGAAUCGCUCUUCUUUUCUUGUAGUAACGAACGCCACCAAUUUCCUGUGAAGCUGACCGACCCGGCCACAUCUGUGUUGUACAUCACGGCUGACAAGCAGCACAUGGAAGAACUGAAACAUGCGAUUCAUGUCAAGGAAAUUAACGAAGGUAGGCAGAACUGGCUUGCCAAAAAAAUAAUUGCUGACCCAAGCAGCCAGGUUUAUCAAAGUGUGUGAUGGCAGAAAGUAAAACGAUUCAAAUUUGUACAAAGCCAAGAGCUAGAUAGUAGGGGAAGGAAGUAUUGGUCAACUAAAAUGGCUGCCGGUAAACCUUAACACCCAUCAGAAUAUUAUUAUGUCGGAUGUGACGAGGCUGUUGCCAGUUUUGUCAUUUUUUUGUUGUGCCAGCCCUAUGUUUCUAGUAGCUUAAAUCAGACGGUUAUUUUAAAUUAUCCUGGAAAACGAUCCCUUCUUUUAUCAUUAACCUUCCACUGAUGUGUUUCCCCAGCACCCGCCCAUGAACACCACGUCAUCGCUCUGCACAAGCACGGCCAUCACUUCGGAGGCCUUCCCACAAUCUUCUGGGUGUCCAUAGCAUUCCUCAUCAUCAUCUUUCACCUGUUCCUCUUCAAGCUCAUCUACAAUGAGUACUGCCAGGGCCAGGAGAGGUUCACCAGGUCGCGCUACAACUUGUAGCACAGGCCUUGCUGUGUACACGUGUGUGUGUGUGUUGGAUGAUCUUGUGAGUAUUUUAAAAUGAGGUGUCAGUUUCAUCAAACUGUCAUUAUAUAAGAGGGCAAACGGAGGCAUUUCUCCAGCAUUGUGAUUGAGUAGUUUGAGAGAUUCCUGAUAUAAGUUGGGGAUUUUUUUUACAAGUGUAAAAUGUUGUAAAACAGGGUAGUUAUUUGACCUAAGUUUUUUUGAAAAUGGUGUCGUUAUAGUUUUAAGACAGUUGUGUGUCACCAUAGUUUAAGGACAGUUGUGUCACCGUAGUUUUAGGACAGUUGUGUCACUAUAGUUUUUGGACAGUUGUGUCACCAUAGUUUUAGGACAGUUGUGUCACCAUAGUUUUAGGACAGUUGUGUCACCAUAGUUUUAGGACAGUUGUGUCACCAUAAUUUUAGGACAGUUGUGUCACCAUAGUUUUAGGACAGUUGUGUCACCGUAGUUUUAGGACAGUUGUGUCACCAUAGUUUUAGGACAGUUGUGUCACCAUAGUUUUAGGACUUUUCUUUCUUUUUAACUAGAUGCCUACAUCCUUGUGUUUGCUGUUCUACCAUAGACAACUUGGGAUAAUGAAGCAAGUGACUUGGGAUAAUGGAACAAGUGUAUAGAAGAUUGUAGACAGACCCUGGUCUACAAGAUGGUCACAACGCUCAGCCGACCAAAGUACACCCCAUUAUGGAAUUAGUUUCUCUCAUCAACAGGAUUUCUUGAGGGGGAUAACGUUGAAAGUUCGUGGUCACACUUGAAAUAAGAUUAUAUAAAUUACAUGUGUAAUCUUAAAUGAAUAACUCGAUUUCAUCAAAAUGUGCAUGUGUAAUGAGAUGUGUAUCUGUCAAAAGAUUUCUGGGUGUCUUGUGUGCGGGAUGUGUAUCUGUCAAAAGAUUUCGGGGUGUCUUGUGUGCAGUGCGAAUGUCAAUGCUUGUGAAUGUGCACAUUGUUUGUGACAAGGUAUUUGUGAUCUCAUCUGUAAAUAUGUGUACUGAUGCGUGGGGAUUGGGAGGGGGGGUCGGACGGGUUUGGAGGGGUGUGUUAAGCCAGGGUUUCUCAAACUUCUUGAAACUUGCAUUACUCGAAAUAAUCAUGUACCACCAUGCGUGUUUUGUCAUUCUCAUUUUAAAAAAAAGAAAAAUAUUUGUUCAAUCUCUGAGUGCAUCCUGGUACCAUGUAAUGCACCACUUAGGGAAGAAGCACAACAGUUUGAGAAUCGCUGGCGAAAGGUUGAGGCCUGUGAGAAGUUAAUUUAUUUCUAUGUGACAGGUUGCCAAAAUGGAUUUAUUUAUUGGAUUACUUGACUUGGGGCCCUCCACAAGGAUUACGGCAUAUGUUGUGGAGACUGGAACAUUACAGAUGUCAUAUUUUAUGGGACAGUGCAUGCGUACACUGUGCAGCUAGGGUUGGUGCUGCUUGAGGUAGGCCAAGAUUUUUUGCCCCCCCCACCCAGGAUAAAAAGAACUCUGCAGUCUGUCAAAAGUCAUGCCCCUAAAUAUGAUAAAAAAUUCCAGGGGUAGAUGACCUACCCCACACCUCCCAACAUUACUAUGCCACUGGCUGUGUGGAUAAUGGAUAUUGACCAACAUGCAGGAGGAGAAGAUCAUAAAUAAGUUGACGUUUUCUAUGCAGUGAAGUCAUGGGGUUCGCAAAUGCCAAGAUGCAAUCAGGGUUAAAUGAGGAAAAUUUCAAAGUGUCCUAAAGGGGACGCAGACAACAAAAUAUACAAUGUGACAGAAUGAAGGCCUUGUGAUAAAACUCAGAAAGUUUUUUUUUGGUCAGUGUUUAUUUGAGACCCCCCCUUGCACAGGUAAUGGUGUUUUAGAGAAAUGAUUGUUCAAGUGGAGCGGCGUAUCCUACUUCUCUAUGGUUGCUGAGUCAAAUUAUCUACAGCACACCACAUGCUAAAGCACAAAGUGGGACUCUUCUCUGACCUUGCACCAUGAACUGGGGUCUCUUCUCUGACCUUGCACCAUGAACUGGGGUCUCUUCUCUGACCUUGCACCAUGAAUUGGGGUCUCUUCUCUGACCUUCCACCAUGAAUUGGGGUCUCUUCUCUGACCUUGCACCAUGAAUUUGGGUCUCUUCUCUGACUUUACAUACACCAGUGUACUAGAAUAACCUCCCCUGGGAGCUAGCUUCACUGUUUUUUCAUGUGAUAUCAUUGCUGACCUUCAGGUUAUCUUCAUUGAAGAAGGUUUUAUACCAUUCAAUGAUGUAUCAUGUCCCCCAAUUCAAGCUUGAGCAUAUCGUGUCCUUUAGCUUUACAGCUAAAACUGUAGUGAAUCCACAUGUUAUCUGUUAAGCCAAGAGUGAUAUGGUAUCCAGAUCCCCAAUCCAAAUACAUUUUAUUGGCUUAAAAUUCCAUUUGAUUAUUGUAAAUAAAUAAAAUGUUUGAUCAUUCAAAGGUUUAAGUAUUAAUGCUAUGCGUCUUUUAUAAAUUUUUGUUCUCUUUAAUUGUUAUGCAAUUUUUUAAAAAGUAUUUAAAUCUCCCAUUGUUUCGUUGAUGUUCCAAAGCUUUCCUGUAUUCAUACGUUGUUUAGCUGUGGGAAACAUUUAUAAAUUAUAGCAUCAUUAGUGUCAGGUACUUACAUAAGAAAUGUAUCAGAGAUGAAUAGUUCUUCAUUAGGUCACUAGGACUUUCUAUAGUUCAACUGAAUCUUUUGUCAUGUAUGUUGCAUGAAGUAUCACCCUGGGGUGAGGGGAUUUUUGUGUGUAGGCUGCUUUGCAGCGUGCCCUGGUUUAAGGCUGGUUGAGCAGCACAGUGGUGGGGGCCUGCUCCUCUACCAGAUGUUCUUUUAUUUUAUUUUUUCUAAAGUGAUUAGUAUUUCAACUGAAGCUAGAUGUUACAUGUAUUAACCAAAAAAUAACUUUUUUAAAAAAAAUGUAUUGUCUCACAUAAUGAGCACCCUAACCAUCGGGUACAGCUUAACAAGGCCGGCCCACCUACGACUCCAUUUUUAAAACUUUUUUUAAAUGCUGAACUCUUGAUUGGUUGAUGGAACAGAAUUUUUCUAACCCAUUUUAAAAAUGUACAUCCGUCAGUGAAGAUGAAAUGCUUUUUGUUGCUCUUUGUAAGACAGAACGAUGACAGUAGUUAAUAGACUCGUACACAUUGUCAUUGUUAAUGGCGCUCUUUUUAUUUCAACAAGGAAAGCUUUUUAGCGUGUCGACAAUGAAACUUGUGGUGGUCAUUAUCUACCUGACGUUACGUUCACCUACCUCACACAACUUACCUGUAGAAGGAGAGACAGAAAUGGUCAAGUGCCUUACGUUCAGGCAGAGAUGCAUCUAGGCAGGGGAAGACGGGCGCAUGCCAACCCCCCUCCCCGUGCGCCCCCGGGUUGCCAUUUCAAAUGAGAAACUGGGGUAUGGUAAGGGAUGUUAAGGUCUGAUCUGACUGGGCUUACCCCAGGCACCACAUCGCUUAGAUACCUUACUGUGUUUUGGCUGCCUUGCAUUCAUGGAUGGUAACAAGUGCAUACCUGGACAAGACGCUACUUAACAUCAAACAAAAUGAUUCCCCUUUUCUUUCUUUUUUUUGUGUGUGAGUGUUUUUGUUUCACAAGUUACUUUAAAAUGUCACAAAGUAGCUAAGAAAUGAAAGAAAAAUAAAGUUGGAUUCAUUUAAUGUAUGCGCACUUUAUAAUUUAUAGCAAAAGUAAUGUUUUUAUAUUCCAGAAAAAUAAAUUACACCUUGUCAAUUUGAUGCACGUGGAACUAAAUGAACCAGGACGGCCCACUAAAAUUAUGGUGUUUUUUUUUUUUUUCCACCAGAAUUUAGUGCUGUCAGUGUGUGUUUUCUGUAUAUUUAUUGGUGUAUGCAUUCUGACGGUGUGUGUAUUUUAACCAAAAAAAUUUAGCCCUAAGGGCUGUCAGAUCAAGCCUUGUUUUACAUACAGGUGCAAAUAAAAAAAAUCCUUCAUUAAUGAGUGAAAUUCAUCAUUAAGAGACACACAGUCCUGUGUGGACUUGGCCUGGAAGUUUACCAUCAAACUACAACCAAUCCUCGCUGACCCCCCUUCUUAUUUUUUCAGAAUAGAUUUUUGUUUGUGUCUGUGGCGAGGUCUUAUUUAAAAAAAAAAAAUUCCUAUGUUGCCAGUUUGUCUGCUGGCUCAAUUAUAAAAAUUAACUUAAUUAUUUUUUUAUUGAUUCUGGCAUUUUCUUUUUGUGAAGCCAAAAAGUUUAAUGGGAUACCACCAAGUAGCAAACAAAUAUUUAUUUUUGGAGAGAAAAAGACCAAAAGGAUCGAUUCCUAUCAUAUUUCCGUUUGCAUAUCAUUUGCGUUUGUCAUGGUUCGGCUAAGUGAACAUGGAUCGGAUGACGCUACGGUGAAUUGGGAGGAAAGAAAUUAUCCAGAGUAAAAAGUAUAAGUUUAAUUUUAAAAACUUUACAAUUGGGUCAGUUUUAAUAAGACCGACUCAACUGAAUGGAAUCGAGUUUAGAUUCAACAAACAUGAUUUCAGAACCAACCUGAAUUUUAAAAAGUAGGUGGCAACCCAAGGCUACCCUGUUUUACAAGACUUAUUAUGUACCCCAUAGAUUACUUUUAAAAAAAAAUCAUUGUAAAUUUUAUAUGAACAGAAAUAAUUGUAUAACCUGAAUGAUUAUAUUCAUGUAUUUAUUUUGUUUCCCUGCCAACUACUUGUGUUUGACAUUGUAUUAUCAAAUAUUGGAAGGUGUAUUUUAAACAGCAUUCUUUGUGUGAAGUAUAAUUUCAUUCUGCUGGUAUGUUACUAAACCCCCUUUGGAGUGAUUGAAUAACUAUUUUUUUUUUUAAAUAUGAAUAAUAAUAAUUAUACAUUGUUAACCAAGUUAAUUAAUCUCUGCAUAAUGACUUUAUUUAUUUUUUCUGUGUGACCCCAUGAGAAGUCAAUGUUUCUCGCAGGUAGAAAAGCUGUUGUUAAUUAUUCCAAUAUUUUCAUGUGCAAACUUGUGAUAAAUUAUUUGCUAAUAUUAGAAUGUUAAUUUCUUCAUAGUUUUUUUUUAAAAGAUAUAUAUUGGCAAAUGGUUGUUUCACGUGUCUGGCAAUGUUAUAGGGUUGAAAUUGAAAAGUU